AUGGCCGUGAUUGAAGUUGCCCUCCUACACUUCAAGGCUGAACAGGACCCAUCUGUCACAGAAGCUCUUAUACAAGCACAGAAGGCACAGGAAGAACAUUCAAAGCACAAAGUACGAUUCCUGCGCCAAAUUGAAGACCCAUCUUGCUUUUAUCUGAUGGCUGGAUGGGAGUCUCUCGAAAGACAUAGUACCCAGAGCAUCCAUUAUCAAGGGCAUCUCGUGCAGCUGGCCGAUCGUAUUGAGGUUGACUGGAUGUUUCAUUUAGAUGCCGAUCCUUCAACAUUCGCAAUUCCAUUUGACGCACCUGUCAUUGCGAUAGGCAGAUAUUUUGUCGAGGCUAGCAAGAAAGAAGAAUUCACUUCUAUACUUAAGCCGAUCGUUUCUGGCCUGGCUGAUACCACCAAAAAAUCAUUAUCUUACUGUAGUGCAUGGCGCAUUGAUAAAGGAGGCGAGGAUGAGGAAUUUGUCUUUUUCAGUGGGUGGAAGGAUAUCGCGGACCAUAUUGAGUUUGCGAAGUCAGAGGCAGCAGAAAAUAUUGCGAAGCUUAGCCAGUUAGUGAAGGGGGUUGAAGUUAAACAUGCCUGCGUUCAGAAGUGGGAAUAG